CUACAAUGACAUCCACGCGAGGGAAAGAACAUACACUUUUCGAUACGAGAGAGUUGGAGCGUAUUUUGGAUACGUGUACGCUGGACUUAACACCAGUCGACGAGGUCUGGCCGAACUUGUUCAUCGGAAACGUUGCCAUUGCACAGAAUCGGACUGCGCUGAAGAAGCUGGGCAUCACGCAUGUCCUGAACGCUGCACACACCAAGCAAGGCAGCAUUGGGGACCAGGACUUCUACGGGGACGCGUUCGUUUAUCAUGGCAUCCCAGCCGAUGAUUCCUCAAAGUUCGACUUGAGUGUUUACUUUCGUCCCGCGGCGGAUUUCAUCCACAAAGCUCUGAAGAAGAAAGAUGGUAAAGUGUUUGUGCACUGCAUCAUGGGAGUGAGCCGCUCAUCUACGCUAGUGCUGGCUUACCUCAUGUUGAAGCGGCGGCUGAAGUUGCGUUCUGGCGUGGAGACACUCAUCCAGAGGCGGGCCAUCUACCCAAACAGGAACUUCCUGUCACAGUUGCUGGAGCUGGAUGCACAGCUGCAGAGGAAGCGCCGACUCUGCCCCAUAUUCUGAGUGAUCACAAACGCACACGCACACGCACACACACACACACAUACACACUCACUCUCUCUCUCUCUCUCUUUCUCUCUUACACUCCUAAAACACACACACACACACGCACACACACACACACACACACUGUACAUAGAAAUGCACCAGCAUAACCUGAUGCAGAUAGCAUACCCAUACAGUAUUUACAUGUUGUACCACACAUGUUGACUACUUAUUGAUGCUUCAACCCACAUGUGUGUGCACUGCACACACAGAAACACAUAGAGGUUACACAGAUGCAGCUGUGGAGAAAGCAUCAACAGUGACCCAUUCUCUGACUGGUAAACAACACACACACACACGCACGCACGCACGCACACACACAUGUCUCCUUUUAUGUACAAUGCUGCUCUUUUACUACUGUAAUUUACUACUUGUGUUGUGUUUCCUAGUGUGUGUGUGUGUGUGUGUGUGUGUGUGUGUGUGUGUGUAUGUGUACUAUAUGGGUGUGUUACAUAACAUGCACAAUUUGAUGUGUUUCUUUCUUUUUACAAAAUGUAUGCACUUACCCAGACAAAAGCAUGGCAGUUAUGCCCAGUUUCUCACUGUAGACAUUUAUAACAUCUUGACAAACCUUACAGUUCUGAUAAGUCAUAGGUUUAACCAUAUUUGUUUAUAUAAGCAGAGUCCACACAAACAAAUGAAGUCUAGACAGACCAUUUCAGAUAUACAUGUAGAGUGUGUGCACCUCUUUAUUGAUUGAUUAUAAAGGGGUACUGGAGCAAGUUCAUAUGUUGAGUAUAAAUGAAGGAAAUCCCCACAUGAUCAUCCUGUAGUCUAAACAAUUCCUUAUUCAGCAGCAGGAUGGUUGGGUUGGUUAACCUGUUUUGUGCUAAAACGUGAUAAAUGAGCUAUAUCAAUGCCAACAGUACAUGCAAACACUACAAUGCAAUGCACAUUAAAAAAACAUUGGUUAGAAAAGGUUUGAAAGACACAAAACCACUGACCGUUUCACUGGUGUAUUUGUAAAAUAUUUUGUAUGUUUUUCUUAUGACUGUAUAGAGCUAUGUGCCAUGUACAUCCCUUUCAGCAAUGUUUGGUUAAUUAAAGUUAGGUCAAGAAGCAAUCAAUUUCUAAAAGCCAUACAGUAAGCUAUAUCAUUUUAAAGCUAUAUACUUUUCUAGACAUGCUAUUUAUUUAAGACCUCAACUUGUUAAAGUGCCACUGAUUGACUUUACAGUUUUGGUUAGUGCUUGUUUUGUCAAAGAUUAAAUUGACUAAAAAUUCUGUUUUGCUAUGUAGUAUAUGACUAAACCAGCUCUGUGAAAUGAGUUGAAAAUAUUUUGUGAUUUUAAUAUAAAGUGAAUAUGACUUAAA